UAAUUAUUUUCUUGGAUGGUUGUCUUGUCUGGCCAGGUGGCCAUAGUGGUCACACAGCUGGUGUAGUCUGGCCAGCUGUGUCUACCCAGCUUUAGGAAGCUGCAAAUAGUCAUUUUCACUUUCGGGGGCUAUGUCCCUUGUGGGUUUAACGCUUAGUUAUGGUGAUAAUAGUAAUUCCUUAGAAUAAUGAUGAGUACACCGACUUCAAUACGUGAAGCUCAUGAGGCUUUUGUGAGUGGCCACAGCGGAUCAUCCGCUCCUGACCUCAUCCUGGCCGUCUAUCCUGCUAUACCUGCUUCGCUGCUCGCUGUUGUAAUUGUCCAGGGACGGACGGGAUGGUUGUGGUUCCUUCUGGAGAGCAUUUUCCUUGUUGUUCCGCUGACCCUGAGUUUCACCAUCUGCUCAGACUACGCCCUGGAACUGUGCACAGUGCUUACCAUCCUUACAGCUCUGGCUCUCUGCCUCGCUACACCCACAGGCACAAAUGUGUGUAGCCCCUCCAAGAAAGCAAGGAAGCACCUGGGAUGUGUGACCUCUCUGAGAGCGCUCUUAAACCUGGCCACCUCAAUUGCUAUUCUCGGUGUUGAUUUUCACUCCUUUCCACGUCGGUUUGCCAAGACUGAAGAGUAUGGUUACAGUCUGAUGGACGUUGGUGCUGCUGGAUUUGUCACUAUGAACGGUAUUGUUGAGGGGAAGAAACGAGCAUCAUACAGGUUUGUUGCUAGAGAUACAGUGAUCCUUACUGUGCUGGGAGUGUUGAGGCUGGUGCUGGCCCGAGCAUCCAACUACCAGCACCAUGUAACAGAGUACGGCCUACACGGCAACUUCUUCUUUACACUGGCAUUAAUCAAGCUAACAUGCUCAUGGUGGAUUUGGCAUCUUAACUCUCUGGGAAGUGUCAUGGUGGCAUUACUUCUAAGUUUUUGUCACCACUUGUUUCUCACAGUUGGCAAUGGAGGCCCAUGGACACUGAGCAAUAUUGGCAGAGAUACAUUAAUACUUGCCAAUAGGGAAUGGCUGGUGUCUGUCCCAGGUUAUACGAUCCUGUACUUCCUCGGUGCUGCUCUGGGAUCUUUUCUCUUUAGCAGGAGUGUCAACACAAAAUUGUCAUUUCCGCUUUUCAUCCUGACUGCCUGGAGUGGGGUGUGUCUGGCUGGUCUCCACUUCUUUGUAGACUUGCCAUCAAGGAGACUGGGGAAUCCUACUUUUGUUGCACUAGUUAUAUUCUUUACAAUGAUUGUGCUGACGCUCUUCUCACUGGUUGAGGAAAGACUCAAGCAGUUACUUCCUGGGAUGCCAUCAGUGCCUCUUACCUUUCUGGCCAUUAACCACAAACCUCUGCUCUUCUUCCUGUUGUCUAAUAUAUCCACAGGACUUAUAAAUAAAAGUAUAAAUACACUAGAUGUAACAUAUCCAUGGGAUGUUGGUAUCAUUGUUAUAUAUGCUACUUUACUUGUAAAUGUUAUAUAUUUUAUUUUCAUUACUGAUGGUGGGUAGUUAUUAGAGGAGAUAAAUAAUAAUUGUUUUAUCAGUGUCAGUAUUAUGUGUAGGUUGUUUGGGUUUAGCAUUUUAUUAAUUGAUUAAACUUACUAAUCUCAUUACAUGAUUAUUACAUGUAGGUUCUUGGACUGCUACAGGAUACUCCUGUGGUCUCCUGACAAACAGUUUUGGAAUACAUUAUUGUAGAAUACUGUACUUUAAUCAUACACACAUCCUUCUGAGACACGUGCCAACAUUUUUAGGGACAUAGUUACUGAAUAGUUUGUCAGUGUAUAGGUUUGAAGAGUAUUUUUCAUAAAAACUUAAGAGCUAGUCAAAUUUUGCCUCUUCAAGGGGGGCUCCUUGGUGUGGUGAAGAGGCUCUUGGUCUGAGGAAUUAGACCUGUCGGUCUACUUCCUCAGACCGAACCUAAUUACCCCCCAAUCCCCCGUUCCCUAUCCCAUCCUCCCCUUUUUCCUUUCCUCCUCCUCCUCCCCACCCCUCCCUUUUGCCCUUUGUUUUUCCCACAGGCACGCUAGUUCCUAGGUAGGGGAAAGGGUACCGGGGUCCAUCCCAUUCUGUUGAGGUUCUUGGCGGUGGCGUAGUUUGCCGUGGAAUCUGGAUUGCCUGGGGAUGUCCUGAUCCCUCUCCGGUAUCCCGGAGGGUGGCUUUGGGUGUCUCUCGGGCGACGGGUGUAUCUCUGGAAGCCACCUUUCGGAUUCCGGGGGUGGUGGCCGAAGGAGGUAUGCUUUGUGGUGGAUUUCCGGCCGCCCUCUCUUUUGUCCACCGAGGUAGCUUGGCAGAUGUGAGGUUGCUAUCCCGGAUUGCCGGUUUACUGGCAUGAUGGGUAGGGUAUGGCACGGGUUCCAUGCUGCAUCUGCACUACUUGCGGUGCUGAGGUCCUCUUGGGCGCGGAGGGAGAUUUCUGGCCCUUUCAUUCCUCCUAGGAACUAUCCCUCCCUGGUCCCCUCUUUUUUUUCUUUUUUUUAUUUUUAUUUUCUUUCUUUCUUUUUUUUCUUAAAAACAAAAAGAAAGAAGUAACCUAACCAUGGCAGCCCUAGUCCAUGAACCUGCUACCCCCGGGCCCCUUCUUGAUACUGCACCCCGUUCUGACCCCGCCUCGUCUUUGGACCACUCUUCAGACACUCCUCAUGCCUCUGUACCUCUUGCCGGUGCUGUUUCCUCACCCGCUUCAGGUACUGAGGCCUCGACUGACUCCUUCGAUUUAUCGAACCUUCGCUCUCCUCUGACUAUGCUUCCGGCCUCUCCCUCUACGGUGCGGCAAUUUUCGAAUCGCCGGCCCGUUCCACGUCGAACCAACUCUGGUCCCACGCCUAAACGACAACGACAAUUACCUGCUGAUGAUACUUCUCCACCUUCUCAUUCUUCUCAGAAAAGAUCGACACGUCCUUCACUACCUUUCCACGCUCAGUUUCAGACUGCACAAUGGACUAAAUCUUCACUUUACGA